AUGCGCUGCUGUCGCUUUCUCUUGCUAAUCCUCAUGGUGUUGUUCACCGGAUGCAUCAUUGCCUCGAUACUUCUCCCAAUAUUCCGUAAAGAAUCGAAUGACACCGCCCAGGCGAAGGUCAACGUAUUCUUCUGGCACAACGAUUCGGUUGUGACCACCGGCACCCCUCCCGAGUUGUUGAUUACGCGCAUCUACACACGAAAUUUGUUGUGCAUGAAGGCGAGAGUGCUCUUCCUUUUGAUGUCGGGCUUGUCCGUUAUGGCCGCCGCGGUCGCCGUUGUUGCAUGCCUCAUGCUCGCCUGCUGGACGACGGCCGGAUACAGCAUCUGCAUCAGCGCCACCUCCCUCGUGCUGUCCAUUUUCGCCAUGUUGUUCUCAAUUGCGGUGUUGGCCGCGUCAACGGUCGUCUUCAAACAAGACUUCUGCGUCAACAACACCGGGACCCACCUGCUUGCCCCGCAGAAGAAUGGCUACCGUCUUGUGGAGGGCUUCUUCCUCCUGUGCAUCGCCGUCGGCGGCUUCUUGUUCAUGUUCGUAACGCUGGUGGUGUGUCUCUGCUGCGAAUGCCGAUCGCAGCCGGGGUCCCGUGGGCAGCAUAGCAGCAGAAAACACGACAACAGCAACCUCCCGGAUAGCAAUCUUACCUAA